AUGUCGAUCGCAGAGAAGCACGACCACGAUGAACAGAACGGGGAUGAAGGCCCGAGUGCUCCAGAGGGGCUUUUCAUUACGGCUUUGCAGCAGGUGAAAUCCUCCCAAGCCGAGCUGAUUGACCAGCUCGUAGUCUUGGAAAGAAGUCACUUUCAGGAUCUGGAAGUACAUCUGAUGCUGCGAAAGCAGCUGGAGACAGAAGUGGAAAGGCUAACCCGCGAAAUUGAUGCACGCUUUCAGGCCAAAACCACCGCAGCAAGAAAAAAGAAGAUGAAAUCAUCCCGAAAGCCGAAGCAAGGGAUGUACGAGGACGAGCCGGCAGAGGAGCCAGCAGAGGAGCCAGCAGCGAAACCAGAGGAGGCAGUCGAGCAUGCAGUGACCACGAACGCCAAGAGCCGUUUUACGCAUUUGGUGAAAGCGGAUGCGCAUGUAGACGGGAUCAGCGACGAUUUCAACAUCAACAAGAGAUUGGAGCACGCACGUGCCAAACUCGAGUCAUCGCGAAACAAUUCGGCGAUGAGACGAGUCGAGCAGCUUCUCAAAAUGGCCAUGGGCCGAGAUGAGGACUCAGAGGACCUUAGCUUUCAGAGAGCCAUGAAGCUAGAAAGGUUCCGUGCCAGUUCGAGGUGCUUCUCAGACUUGCACAAGUUCUGCAAUCUGUAUAAUCUGGCCCAACAAAACGAAAGCAUUGGCAAAUGCGGAAGCGAGGUUCGGAGCAGGAGGGAGGCUUGGCGAGAGUUACGGGAGGAUUCCGCCGAUCCGAGUGAAACUGCUCGGCAGUGGAUCAUUAGUUUACGAAGGAAGCAGUGGAGCGUAUCUCCUGCUGAAAUAUCAUCUUCCAAAAUACUCGUCCAGAGAUCGCGGACGACGAUUUCAGCAAAAACCCUCGUCCCAAGCUCGCGUACGAGGAUUUGGGUCCAAAGCCUCGUCCCAUGA